CACACACACACACACACACUCACGCCCCCUCCCUUACCUGAAGCUCCAGCAAUAGGCUGCUGUCUCGGCUCCUCUGGUUUGUACUGGCUCUUUUUAGGGCGGGGCGAGGCUGGAGGAUGACAAAGCAAAGAAGAGCUACCCGUGAACCACCUCCGCCUCCGCCUCCCCCGCUGCCUCCUCCUGGGCUGCGUCUACUGCCCAGAGCGGCUGUUAUGGAAACCAGCCUGGCUCGCAAAAGGCGAUAAUGGAGCAGCCAUGGCUAGGGCCAGCAGCAGCGGUGGCGGCGGCGGCGGCGGCGGCAGCUCAGCCCCACCAGAGCGGGCAGGGGUCUCUGACCGUCUGGACCCCUGGGAGCUGUCCCUGGAGGAGGUGCUGAAGUCUUAUGAACAGCCGAUUAAUGAAGAGCAGGCAUGGGCCGUGUGUUACCAGUGUUGUCGCGGGCUGCUCGGGGCAGAGCCCGGAGGGGGCAGGAUCCGGGACACAGCCGACAUCCUCCUUCACAAGGAUGGGACGGUCAGCGCACAGCUGGAGCCUGGCUCAGCUGACCCUUCAACCAUGGUGGUGCCACCACCCAACACAGAAGCCCAGAUGGUCCAGUCUCUGGGUUUUGCCAUCUAUCGAGCUCUGGACUGGGGGCUGGAUGAGAGUGAAGAGCGGGAGCUCAGUCCCCAGUUAGAGCAGCUCAUUGAUCUAAUGGCCAACAGUGAUUCUGAAGACAGUGGUUGUGGGGCUGCCGAUGAGGGCUACAGCGGGCAAGAUGAAGAAGAGGAAUCCAGCGAGGGCACCCGACGAUACGUACGCACGUAUUCCCAAGUCAUGACGCUGUGUGCUUCCCGCCUGACAGACCCCAGAGAGGCUCAACCUCACUAUCAGGCUGUGUGCCGGGCCCUUUUUGUGGAGACCGUAGAGCUGAAGGCCUUUCUCACCAAAAUCCAGGAGGCCAAAGAGAUGCUCCUCAGACUUCGGGAGGAUGAGUCUCAGGCAGAGAAGCCACAAGCUGACCUUGACAACCUUCGGCACAAAGACUGGGCCCGGCUCUGGGUGCAGCUGAUGCGGGAGUUGCGUCAUGGUGUGAAACUCAAGAAGGUACAAGAGAAGCAGUUCAACCCCCUACCCACCGAAUACCAGCUGACCCCCUUUGAGAUGUUGAUGCAGGAUAUCCGAGCACGCAACUACAAGCUACGAAAGGUCAUGGUUGACGGUGACAUCCCUCCCAGAGUGAAGAAAGAUGCCCAUGAGCUCAUUCUGGAUUUUAUCCGUUCCCGGCCUCCACUAAAGCAGGUGUCAGAAAGAAGACUUCGGCCCUUGCCCCAGAAGCAACGAACCCUCCACGAGAAGAUCUUGGAGGAAAUUAAGCAAGAGAGGAAGCUGCGGCCUGUGCAAGGCCCACACUGGAACUCUAAAGGUUUUGGGUCCCUGCCCUGCAUCCUCAAUGCCUGCUCCAAUGAUGUGAAGUCUACUUCCUGCAUAAACCUGUCCCUCUCUGGUGCUGGGAGCACCCCUCAGCGCCCACCACGGCCACGAGUCCUGCUGAAGGCCCCUACUUUGGCAGAAAUGGAAGAGAUGAACAUUUCUGAGGAGGAAGAAUCUCCAAGUGGGGAGAUGAAUAGGAUGAGCGGCUCCCUGCUGCCCCUGAAGCGCGACCGCUCCUUCUCCGAACAUGACUUGGCCCAGCUCCAGAGCGAGAUGGCCAUGGGCCUGCAGCCGGACACUAAGCACCUGGGAGGGCAGGAGCUGGAAGCCCGACCCCGCUCAGGCAGCAUGCACACGUGGAGGCCUGAUACCACAGACCUCGGAUCAUUUCCCCACACCUACCAAGCCCUUAAGGAAUCCAGUUCUCCUGCCCACAGCUCCCUGGGCUCUGUAGAGGAAAGACCAGAGGGCAGUUCAGCACUGGACAGUCACUCAAAACACCUGUGGCUGGAAUUCAGCCAUCCAGUGGAGAGCCUAGCUUUGACUGUGGAAGAGGUGAUCAAUGUGCGCAGGGUGCUGGUAAAGGCUGAGAUGGAGAAGUUCUUGCAGAACAAAGAACUUUAUAACAGCCUGAAGAAAGGAAAGAUAUGUUGCUGUUGUAGAACCAAGUUCCCUCUGUUCUCCUGGCCAGCUACCUGUCUCUUUUGUAAAAGAGCUGUCUGCACUUCCUGUAGCAUAAAGAUAAAGAUGCCUUCUAAGAAGUUUGCACACAUUCCCGUUUACACUUUGGGCUUUGAGAGCCCUCAAAAGGCUGUGACUGCCAAAGCCAUGCUGACCCGGAGGAGAGAUGUCUUCCAGUCCCUGCAGGGGACAAAAUGGCGCAGUGUGGAAGAAGAAUUCCCUCACAUCUAUGCCCAUGGCUGCAUCCUAAAGGAUGUCUGCAGUGACUGUACUAGCUUUGUAGUGGACGUGGUCAGUUCCAGCCGGAAGAGUGUGGAUGUCCUCAACACCACGCCCCGAAGGGCCCGACAGACGCAGUCCCUCUACAUCCCUAACACCAGGACUGCCUGGGACAAGUGAAGGACCUUCUGUGUUCCCCCUCACCCCCCUAGCCCCACCUUACUCAGUCUCUCCAUCCUGGUGACUAACAGGCCUGAGCAUUCCUCCUGGGCACCAUGAUGAUGGUGAUGAUAAUGAUGGAUGAGAGGCAUGUCUCUCCAAUACUGCUCUGCUCUAGUCAUCAAGCUUUCAGUGGUACUUUCUGGGGCCCAAAUCCAUCUCUGGGGUCAAACUGGAAUGGAGUCCAGUCAUAAAAAACCAUGCCUGUAGCCCUCCCCCCUCAGCACAGCUCCCCGACUUAGCACCACCUCUCAGGUGAAUGAAUCACCCUCUGAGUUGUGCAUGUAUAUAUAUACAUAUAUAGAUACAUUUAUAUAAUAUAUUCACAGUCUAUAUAUUUAUAUACAUUGUUUACUGGGACCUAAGAGUCCUUUGGGGGUCAGGGCUCACACAGAGGCACUUGGGUUCCCAGGCAUCUCCAUGGUAGAGGCUUGCUCGGGGACUCUUCUGAAGGUUCAUGAGAAAGGACAAGGCCCUCUCGAUAUUAGUGGGCAGAAAAGUCUGCAAAGGUAAAUUUGAAGGAAAGAAGGAGAAAUGGACUUUCUUGAGUCUGGGUUGGGAAGGGAGGAUUAGUCAGGGAGAAGAGCAGAAAAACCGAAGCUGAGAUUUCUGGCUACUCUUUGAUUCUUUGCUGUUUCCUCGGUUUCCUUUUUCUCACCAUUGGCAUUGAGGUUAAGGAAAGGAGGAAAUGGUUUCUGUUCCCUAAAUGAAAGUCCUGGACUCAUUUUCCUUCUGUCCUGUGGUGGAUUAAGCCCAUCUGCCUCUUCCUAUUUUGGCUUAAAUCUUAUCUUUAGAGGAUAAAGGACCCUAGUGGAGUGAUGGAUGAAGUUCCAUCAGGAACAUAUAGCUCAGUUGAGAUUCCUUCCUAUGUGAAGCUGAAUGAGCAGUCCCUGGUUCCAGUAGUCUAGCAGGUCUUGACUUUUUCAGGGCUAUAUUGGGGGGGGGAUAGGGACAUUGAGGUGUACAGAAAAGACUUGGGGCAAAGGAAAGAGUAGGUAAUACUUGAUUCCAUGACACUCUACUUGUGCCUCCUCUCAUCCACUUUCAUACCCAUCUCUCCUGCUCAGGAAGCUUCCAGAACUUCUUUAAGAAGGCUCUCUCCCUGAUCAACUUCCCUUUCUUCUGCCCAAAGUAGGGAAGGAUGACAGGGCAGCAAAAAAUAAAAUGACCAUAGGAAGCUGGGACGUCCAAUCAUCCACAGUGCUAGAAUCAGAAUAGUUCCUUUGUCUCUUCACAUAUCUACAUAUUCGUGGCUCAAAAAAAAUGAAGCCUUAUUUAUCAUAACUCUCAUUUUGCUUCUUUCCCUUCCACUCAGGCUCUCUUACAUGUCUCACACCUUCCUCUCAUCUGUCUGCCCCUGAUUGCCACCAAAAUCUACCCUCCCUCUCCUCUUGCUCUUACCCUUCACUGCCAUACAGUAGGAGGGAUGCAUUGAUAGUCCUUAAGCUUCUAUCAGUCACUGUGGCUGCACACAUAAAGCAGAGGCAGCAGCCUCCCCCACCCCCAGCCCUGCCCCAGCUCCUUCUACAGCGAUCUGGGACAAGUGUUUCUGGGAGAGAAUAUCACGGUAGGAAAGUUGGGAUGGAUGAAUCUAUUGGCUGUGGCUGCAUUACCUCUUGGCCUCUUCUUCCCUUUCAAUCUGGCCACCUGAUGGUCCAGAAGAGCUACAGUGUUGCUCCAAGGUCAUGCUGUCUUCCAGGCAUCUGACGCUUCUGUCUUUUGGACAAAGGAAUGAGUAUCCACCCUUAACCCAAGCUAGAUGUCAGUUUCCUGACAAGACUUCAGGGUUUGGUCAGUGUACCCCAGGAAGAUUUAGUCGGAUGCCCAUCUCUGCAUGUUUAACCCAUAGUUCAGCCCCGAUAUGAGGGGAAAUUCUCAAGAGCUUCCCAGGGAAGCAUUUUUAGGGCCAAUCCCAGACCUUGGGAUUUAUCAGGAGAAACUGAACUGAGAUACUAAAGCUCUAUUAAUGUCUACCUGAAAAGUCUGCAUUUUAAAUCAAGGGGCACUUCCAUCUCUCCUUUCUUGGGCCAUAAACUUCCCAUCUAUCCUGUGUACUUACCUCUCCUGUCUCCUCCCCCUCAUCCCUCUGGCCCUCCACCACAUAAAGAGUCACACGUGAACAUCAGUGUCUAUGCAGUGCCCAGCGUGGUGAGUGCCGGAUCCCCGGCAGGACCCUCAAAGCCACAGGGCAGUGCAAAAGGAAUAUACUGUAAAGACUGAUCCCUUGGGAUCCUCCCCUCUGUAUAUAUGAUUUUCCCCAGUGUAAUAAAGUUUUA